AUGCCUAACAACGAACAAAACCACCACCACCAUCAUUUCCGAAACAUCUUCCGCAAAGAAAGCAGUCCAUCUUCGGACUCGGGUGGCUCUCAUGUGGGCCUUUCCAAGUUAUUUCAUCACGGCGAAAAGGAAGAAAAAACCAUAUCUAGAACCCCAUCGGUGCUCUCGCUCAAGAGACACAACUCCAACAUCACCCGGUCAGCCUCUAAUCUCGAUAAAGAGCCGAAAAAACUCUCGAAAGCACAGACAAUGGCCCAUAUCCAACACAUGAACCAGAAGAAUGCCAAGAGUCUUGCCAACCAAAGGGUCCCUGCUCCCAUUGGCAACCACGAGAAGAUCAAGUACAAUCCCUUCGGCAUCAACAAAACCCCCAGUGCCACUGGAUCUCCCAAAAAUGCCAGUUUCUACAUGGCAGGCGGUGCCGAUGGAGGUCGAGUUCUCUCGAACCCAGUGGCUAACCCAAACGACUAUUUGCCUGAAGACUUGUUUGAGGAGCACGUUAACCUCCUUGACGACUACGAAAUCGACGUAAGCACCAAAAAACUAGGAGACGGCGGCUCCGCCGAUGUUCGUAUCAUCAAUGCUGCAAACCACAAGAAGCAAUGCUACGCGCUUAAAAAGUUCAAUCUUUUGACCAAUGAAACAGACGAAGAGUUCUACAAGAGAGUGGCCCAGGAGUACAUCAUAUCCAAGCGAGCAAGUCAAUCUAGGCAUGUCGUGGAUACGCUUGCGUUGGUGCGAAUUCAGUCACAAGGUACCGUUACCAGAGGAUGGGGAUUUGUGCUUGAGUUUUGUAAUGGCGGAGAUUUGUUCAAUGCAAUCGUUAAACCUGGCUGGAAGCGUACGUCACUUGCUGAAAAGUUUUGUGUUUUCAAGCAAAUUGCCUAUGGGUUGAAGUACCUUCAUGAGCAUGACAUUGCUCAUCGAGACAUGAAGCCUGAGAACAUUUUAAUUGACAGUAAUGGAAUUGCCAAGUUGUGUGACUUUGGCGUGAGUGUUUUCGGGCAUACCACUCCUGGAGACUUCAAUAGUGAGUUACACUUGUGUUCUACGUAUGUUGGUUCUCCUCCAUACUCAUCACCCGAGGUUAUGAAAAUCAAAGAAGCGAGCAGCUCUGAAGCAAAGAGUUUAGCCUACGAUCCUUUCCAGAUGGACGUAUGGGGGUUAGGUAUGCUCUUGUUCUGCAUUGUAUAUUGUGGUGUGCCAUUCGCAGCCGCUACUCCCAACGAUCAUGGGUUUCGAGACUACAAAUUCAACCAUGACAGAUUCACCUCGGACCAUCCUACUUUCAAAAACAACAACGAUUUCUCAAAAGGUCCAGGGUCGGAGUUCAAGUGGGCAACCCAAUUUGCAUCCAAUGGAGCUGCCAGAGUAGCAUGGAAGCUAUGUGACCCAUCAGUCAGAGACAAGAUACACCAUGGACCUUCUUUUCAAAGACCCAUGGUUCAAUGGCUUGGAAAUGUGUAUCUACGAGCACCCAGAUCAAGAUGUCAAUCCGCUUGUACUUGCACCUUCAGGUACUACCAACUCUAA